AUGACUCUUCAGAAUGCAACAGACAACGCUUAUGGUACAUGGACACCGGAGCCACCAAUCACAUCGCGACUCAGCCAGCCUAUGUUCGCAGAUCCUUUAAAAGUGAGAUUGGAUAUCUUCAAUGUGAUAAUGGCCGUGAAUUCGACAAUAAGCAAUUCCGAGACCACUUUGCUGCCACCGCCUUCCAUACCCAUACUCUUGCCUCCGAUCAUAAAACCAUCAUAUCCACCACCAUCUACAACACCAACCUCUCCAAACUUACCACCAUCUUCCACACCAUCAAAUGUCCCACCUGCACCACCUCAACCUUCCCAUCCUAUGAUCACUCGUAGCAAGCUUGGUAUUACCAAACCUCACCAAUGUUUGUGCCUCCAUACCACUACCGUUUCUCCUCUCCCAAAAUCCCACAUUGAGGCAGCAAAAGAUCCCAAUUGGAAUCCUGCAAUGGGAGACGAAUAUAGUGCUCUUAUUAAUAUGGGGACGUGGUCACUUGUACCACGGCCCAAGUCUGCUAAAGUGGUUUGUUCUCUUUGGAAUUACAGGCACAAAUUUGACGCUGGCGGAAAACUUGCUCGUCACAAAGCUCGACUCUUAGCAAAUGGAAAAUCUCAACAAUCUGGAGUCGAUUGUGAUGACAGGUUCAGCCCUGUGGUCAAACCCGGCACCAUCCAUGCGGUGCUUGAUGUCGCCACUGCAAAGAACUGGCCUCUUCGCCAACUCGACGUAAAAAACACAUUUCUCCAUGGCGACCUCAAAGAAACGGUGUACAUGCAUCAACUUCCAGGAUUUAAAGAUCCCACAAAACCUGAUCACGUGUGCCUUCUCCACAAAUCUCUCUACGGGUUAAAACAAGCUCCUCGCGCCUGA